ACGGAGAUCCCUUGCUGUGCUCUUCCCACAAUGUAGCGCAGAGAUCCUUCAGGGCCCUCCCCCCGCAGCACAGAAAUCUUUAAGGGUCUCUUCCUCCUCCCUACCCUCCCAUAGCGCAGAUACAGUUCCUCCCCCAAGCCAUCAGACUCCUCAAUAUUCAGACCUUACUGCCCUCUACUAUGCCUAUUGUCCUGCACUUUAUGCAGUCCUGGGUAGGUCUGUAGUCUAGUGUAGUUUCUUUCCAUGUUGUUUUUCGUAGUUCAGUCUAGCUUUUGUGUUGUUUCAUGGUCCUGAAAAACAUUGUCUCAUUUUUACUGUGUACUGUGUUAUGGUUGAAAUGACAAUAAGAAGUGACUUGACUUCAGAUAUGCAUCGAGGCCCCUCCCUCCUUCCCCUCCUGCAGCAGAGAGAUCCCUUGGGGCCUCUCACUCCUCCUCCACCUCCCACAACGAGGUGGGGCCAUGCACGACCUCAGCGAGCACAGCUCUGCUUCCUAUUCUGCCCCGGAAGCGGGGCUGAGGUCGGCGUGGAGCAGAGAGUGAGGGUCUGCACCCUCUCGGCCCCCGGCAUCAUGCCCGCACCACUCGACAACGGGACGCGGGCCUCCUCCCUGACCUGGGCACAGCUGGGAGCAUUCUCCGCCAGCGGCCAGGGCAAAAUCCUCCUGCUGGAGAUGGUCUUUAGCCUGGGCCUUGCAAUCUUCUUUCUGGCCUCGCCGCAAGGCGCCUACGUGGUCUGUGCCGUCAUCGAGCUGGUGUUUGCCGGAACCUUCUACUGGGUUUACCUCAACCGCUACGACCAGACCAUCAUCUCCUUCAACUGGGCUUGGACGGACGUGUUCCGGUGUACGGGCGCCGCCAUUAUCUAUCUGGUCAUUUCCAUCUCGUAUGGAAUGUCUGGGAACGCAGCCGGACUGAUCCUCAGCCUCGUUGCGAUGUUCAUCUUCACCCACAAUCUCUACCUCCUCAGGCCAGUGUUUUGCCCGGAGAGUCCGGAAGCCGCAAAGCCCCCUGUCGACAACCCUUGAGAGAAAGAGAAAGAAGACUGGCCCUUCUGCCCAUCCUACUGGACCCGACCUCAUGCACACCCCUUCCUCCCACUCCAAAUGGGAUACGCCCUGUACCCGCCCCUCAUACUCCUCUCCAAAAUGGUGGUGAAUCUCGUCGGAAGGACACCAAGGCCAGAGGAACCCUUCGACAAGCCUCUUCUGCUGCCCCCCCCCCACCCGGAGAGGCAUCAGGCGGGUCUGUGGUGCUCGAUGGGGUAUGGAGCUCGAUGGGAUGCGGGAUAUGGAGAAAGGAACCAUGCACGGUAUUCCAUGCGGGAUAUGGAAUCUGGAACCAUGCAUGGUAUUCCAUGCAGGAUAUGGAGACCGGAACGAUGCACGGUAUUCCAUGUGGGAUAUGGAGUCCGGAACCAUGCACGGUAUUCCAUGAGGGAUAUGGAGUCCGGAACCAUGCACGGUAUUCCAUGAGGGAUAUGGAGUCCGGAACCAUGCACGGUAUUCCAUGAGGGAUAUGGAAACCGGAACGAUGCACGGCAUUCCAUGCGGGAUAUGGAGAAAGGAACCAUGCACGGUAUUCCAUGCGGGAUAUGGAGACCGGAACGAUGCUCGGCAUUCCAUGCGGGAUAUGGAGAAAGGAACCAUGCACGGUAUUCCAUGCGGGAUAUGGAGAAAGGAACCAUGCACGGUAUUCCAUGCGGGAUAUGGAAUCUGGAACCAUGCAUGGUAUUCCAUGCAGGAUAUGGAGACCGGAACGAUGCACGGUAUUCCAUGCGGGAUAUGGAGAAAGGAACCAUGCACGGUAUUCCAUGCAGGAUAUGGAGACCGGAACGAUACCUAAGAUUCGCAGAACUAAGCCUGAUAAUGCUGGUGGAUGAGAAGGGAACAAAGUUUGAUAUUCCUGAUGGGACACAGACUGGAACUGUGUGAGGUAUUCCCUGCCAGCUAUGGAGUCUAAAACUGCACAGGAUAUUCCCAAUGGGAUAUGGAGACUGGGAACGCGCAGAUAAUCCCGGGUUGACACGGAGACUGGAACUGAGGAUGAUGUGAAGAGUGGAACUGUGACGCUAUUCCCAGCAGGAUACAGGGACUGGGACUGUACGUGACACGCCUGGUGCGAUACGGAGGCUCGAGUGGAGUAUUAGGAGGAGAAGGGAACUGUGCACACGCUGAUCCCAGUAGGGUAGAGACUGGCACUGUGCACAGUGCAGAGACUCCUGGUGCAAUCCUGCUUCCGGUGAAGUGCAAGCCCAUGGUCCCUUGCCGAGUUGGAAAACCAACUGGAGUGGGAAUAACCGUCUGCGGGAACUAUUAACUCCUCCCAAGGUCACCAGACGUGACCCGGGCAGGAGAAAAGCCGAUUUAAUUUGUUAUUGUAAUAAACCUUAUCUGGGAAA